UUGCAACCAUGCAUCUUCAAGGCAGUGAUGAGGCAGCACCAUCCAUUCUAAGCUGUGAUGUUGGGGUGUACAGUGAGGUCCUGGAUGAUAGCGUGGUGCAGUCUGGCUGUGUAUCUGUUGAUGUUGGUGCGAACAUGGAUGUUGACACCUGUUGCAGUACGCUUCAUGAUCCUGAGCUGAUGGAAUGUGAUGAUCACAACUAUGCAUCAAAAUAUGUCCCAUCCCCUACCCAUGGACCUACUCCAAGAUACGCUUCAACAGGUACGCAGUGCAGGAUCGACACAAGGAGCUGCAGCACUCAGACGGACAGCAGUGUGUGCUGUGCCAAUUGCUCACUGUGUAGUGGCGAUGGUAAUCAUCCUGGGCUGCUGUUUGCCCCUCGCUCCGCAUCAACGCCUUCAAGGAAGUCUUAUGCUGAUGACUGCAACAUGAUGUCUGGUCCCGCUACCCCCGUCAGUGGCCCCACCACCCCUGUAAAUGACCCCAAGGACACCAGCUACCAUCCGAUGUCGGAUGACAGCAUGCAUCUGGAUGGAACAACACUCCAAACUGAAAAAAAUACAUUGUAUUUGAAAGUUGCCUGUGGGAGCUCCUUAGUGCUUGCACUAAGUGUGGAGAGAGCUGUAGUAUUACCAAACACACACAGGGAAGCUCCUUGACCGUAAAGGCCACAUGCCCUUUAGGCCAUCAGAAAGUUUGGAGCAGCCAGCCCACUACCAAUGGCAUGGCAGCGGGUAACGUCUUGCUAGCUGGGGCCAUUUUGUUCAGCGGUGCCAGCGCUGUGAAAGUCUUGCGACUGCUGGCAUCUGUGAACAUCGAGGCCUUCACGACAUCGACAUACAAUGUCUACCAAAAGGGUUGCCUUGUGCCGGCCAUAACAAAGGUAAUACAGCAUAUGCUUCUGCAGAACUGGAACCAUGUAGUGUUGUAUGUGCAGGUCUGGAGCACACAACAAGCUUCUCUAGUUGAAGCCUGUAAGGGCCGGGACCUAUGCCUGCUAGGAGAUGGGCGAUGUGAUUCUCCGGGGCAUUCGGCGAAAUACCUUACUUACACACUUAUGGAUGCGGAAACGAGAAAAGUCCUGAAUUUCACUCAAGUGCAGGUCGGCCAGAAUCCACAGGUGAAAACAAGCCCGCAAAUGGAAAAAGUAGGCUUCGUGCAAUGCCUUGGUGAACUGCACUCCAAAGACCUCAAGGUUUCAACUGUGACCACCGACAGACACCCCGGGAUUCGCAAACAUAUCAGGGAAAAAGAGCCAGGCAUCAAGCAUGAGCUGGACAGCUGGCAUGUUGUGAAAGGUCUGCGGAAAAAACUUGAAGGCAUUGCAAAAAGGGCUGGUUGCACGAUAUUGAACGGGUGGAUUCAAUCCAUAUGCAACCACCUCUACUUCAGUGUUGCGAUGUCCGAGGGUAAUGUUGCUCUUCGGAUCAGCAUCUGGAAGAGCCUAACAAGACACAUUGUGAACAUUCACAGUGGCCAUGAGGGGCCGUACCAUCGAUGCCUACACGACCAGCUUUCUCACAAGGAGUGGCUUGAUCCUGGGAGUGCAGUUUACAAGAACCUUUGUGGAAUGGUCCUGAACAUCCGUCUCAUCAAAGACAUUGCUCAGCUUUCGGCAGAUGCACAAACAUCGUGUUUGGAGUCAUUCCAUUCGUUGAUGAUACGUUUUGCCCCAAAGUCUGUGGCAUAUUCACCAACUUUGAUGUCUGCUAGGUUCUUACAUCAAAAUGCAAACAAGACACGUAAACAAGCUUGUGGCAUUGACGGUAAGCCUGCAUUCCGACGAAAAAUGUUGAAAACAAAGAAGGGAAAUGAAGUGGUCUGCCCAGUAAAAGAAAGUGUGACUUAUGACUAUGUCCAGGAGCUGUUGGAAGCAACCGUGGAAGAGUGCAGCAGUGGAAGCUUCCGCAGCAUGAGGGAGUCAAGGACAACUCCUGGACCACCACCCAUGUCUGCAGCAUAUGCUCGAUUGCCGAAGCAUGCACUUGUGGCGAAGCGCAUGCUGCGGUUUAAAACUUAAGAGUUUUGAAAGAACACUAUUAACACUGUGCUAUAAAGAACUUUUGGGGGUUCCGUGUUGUAUGUAUCAGAAUUUAGCCUGUUUAGCUGGAUUACAAACUGUGGCGCACAUUUCUGCUUGACAAAUUGUGGCCCUAAAUUAUGGAAUUAAAAAUUCAGAGUUUAAGGCACACACACAUAGCUAUGGUAGAAUCAAACCUGACCAAUAUCCAAGACAUGUUCUAUUGGAAACAGUUCUGUAAGCCACGCCAUUUUCAAGAUAUGAGUACUGUGAAUGUGCGAUCAAGUGCAUUCUUGUUCCGGUUACUUCCCUCCUGCAAGGCAAAAGUCUGUAGAGAAAUUGGAGAAUAGUAAGCUUUACCUCAUUUUUGAAUACUAUUCAAGCACCAUUGCAAUGAACGUGUUUACCACAAGAUGUACAACCUCUAUAACACAACCUGGCCUGACUUCUAUCUUACACAUGUAUUGUAAGCACUACUACUAUAAUGCAUAAUUUUAAAAUAGAUUUGCCUGUUUAUAACAAAAUACACCACUCUGUUCACCUAGAACGAGUCAAAACCAAAGCACCCGUACGGACUGUUGUAUCUUCGCACAGGCAUUACGCAAGUUGAGUAAGAGGCAGAAGAAUAGCCAUGCAAGGAUGUCCACACUUGUUGGGUAAAAGCGCAAACCUGUGGAAGCCUUGAGAGCAUAAACGAGGAAACUAUCUACUGGUUUACACCCCCAAUUGGCGUCUGUCGGAAGCAGCACCGUUAACUCCAGGAAAAACCAAUGUCAACACAAGAUUCGUCACUAGCCAUCGACUCCCUGCAUUGUUCCUUGUGUCCUGGCUCAAUCCUCGAAUUGAUUGUACUGGGGUCUUGACAAUAUCAGAUCGGCAGUCAAUGAAAUAGUGCAGAAAGUAAACAUCUCGGUAUUGUCAAAAUAGUUCAGCAUGCCUGAGAUGUGUACC